CAUCCAUCCCUUGGAAACCCGGGCCCCGUUGGCAUAGCGCCUCCAUUUCCCAGACUACAUUGCUUCUUGCACAUCCGCCAUAUUGCCUUCGUCUAAACGCGCUGACUGGAUCCGCUCGUACCCACAACUGAAAAUUGUUGCAGUGAUGACUCAGACAGUUCAGACCAACGGGGUUCAACCCCUCAGUAAGACCUGGGAACUGAGUCUGUAUGAGCUGCAGAGAACUCCACAGGCACAGGAGGCAAUAACAGAUGGACUGGAAAUAGCAGUGUCGCCCAGGUCCCUGCACAGUGAACUCAUGUGUCCUAUCUGCCUGGACAUGUUGAAGAACACAAUGACAACCAAAGAAUGUCUGCAUCGCUUCUGCGCUGAUUGUAUCAUCACAGCUUUAAGAUCCGGUAAUAAAGAGUGUCCUACCUGUCGUAAGAAGCUGGUGUCCAAGAGGUCGUUGCGUCCAGACCCUAAUUUUGACGCUCUGAUUAGCAAGAUUUAUCCCAGCCGAGACGAGUACGAAGCCCACCAAGAGCGAGUGUUGGCUCGCAUUAGCAAACACAACAACCAGCAAGCCCUGUCCCACAGCAUAGAGGAGGGGCUGAAGAUACAGGCUAUGACCAGACUGCAGCGCGGUAAGAGACACACAGUGGAGAAUGGUAGCGGAGCUGAGGACAACGGAGACUCCUCCCACUGUAGCAACGCGUCUGUCCACAGCAACCAGGAGGCAGGUCCGAGCAUUAAGCGCACCAAGACGAGUGAUGACAGCGGUCUAGACAUGGACAACGCUGCGGAGAAUGGGGGCGGGGACUCUGUGAUCGAUGGCGGUGCCAGCGAAAUAGAACUGGUGUUUAGGCCACAUCCCACCCUGAUGGAGAAGGAUGACGGUCACAACAGUGUGGAGUUUGUCCCUCGCUACAUUAAGACGUCCGGUAACGCUACAGUAGACCACCUGUCUAAAUACCUGGCGGUCAGACUGGCUCUGGAGGAGCUGAGAAGAAACGCGGAGGCCAGUCCUGUUAAUGUGGAGGCAGCUUCAGAGAAACAGUACACCAUUUACAUACCUACUGCUGGGAACCAGUUCACUGUCCUGAAUGGUUCCUUCUCCCUUGAGCUGGUCAGCGAAAAGUACUGGAAGGUGAACAAACCCAUGGAGCUCUACUUUGCUCCUACUAAAGAACACAAGUAGGCCCACAUAAAAAAAAUAAUAUACACACACACACACACCCACACACCAGUAGGACGUAGACAUAUGGACUGUGAUACACCUGCACACACAGAAACAAGAGGAGAAGAAUGUGAGUGUCUGAAGGAGACGAGAGGGGUUGUCGAAACCCUCAAAAGGACUCUUGUAAAAAGAAAAAAAAACCUUUUUUGUUUUAUAUUCUCUUUCGCUGUGUCUCUUUCUAUAUUUCUCUCUGUAGAAGGUAGCAGAUCAGUACAGCAGCCAGCAGGUACUCUGAGGCGAUUAUGGGCUGUUGACAAUAUUUGUAGAUUCUCGUAAAACCAUUGUAUUAUACUGCUAUUUGUCUUGAGCAAAGGCCCCUCUGCGCUGAUGGGAUUUUGGUCUGUACCAGAUAAAAGUGGACUGUGAGAGAAACAUGGGGGUGGUGGGGUAAUCUUUGGUUAUCAAUCCCAAACCCUGGUCCCAGAUCUCACUGGGACAUGUCCACCAAUGGAGACCAAGACCACCUGUGUCAAAUGUCUUACAGUAUCUGAAAUAUAGGACCACAUUGACAAAAUGGGACUGCAGCUCGGAAAAGGGCCAAAUAUGAUGCAGAAUAUGCAGGCCAACGGCAGCCGGCCACGCGCCACGCCAUAUACCACGCGGGUGUGGGCGUUUUCAACCGUACACAGCCAUUUAACAUGAAUCUGACAUGUAUGGAAGUAAAGAAAAGCCAUGAAAAUUUGAAUUUUAGAGUCAACUGAAGACCUGUUCACUACUGAGUACUUCAUGUUAAAGGUAAAAUAGUCACUGAAUUUGUAACAUUGAAAUAUUUUACUUUGAGAGCCCUCUAUUUGAAGUAGUCAGUAGUCGGUUGACUUGUCGCUCAUCUGAACUGAUCAGACAGAUCCAGGCUGAAUGUUUAGGUUAAACAUUUUCAUUGUCAAUUUCCCGAAUCCAAUCUUAAGCAACUUGAUGUUUAGAAUUGACUUGAACUUUUGGAUCUGAAUCUUUUUAAUGUAUUUGUUUUGAUGUGGGCCUGUGUGUCUGAAAUAAAGGUGAAUGGACAUUUUCUGUCUGAAUUUGUUGAACCCUAAAUAGUUUUUGGAAUUGCGCAUAACUUUAGAAAUGAGUUACUUGACAUUUUGAAAAGGGAACCGUAAAACCCAUUCAUUCAGACAGAAGGUUUUGAAAGUAAAAAAAAAUAAUUAAAUGUUCAACAUUAAUUAAUCAGAAGUGAUUCAAUUUCAUAAUUAGGUUUCAAUUGAUUAUAAAAUUCAAAUGAUUAUGGCUGUUCUUUGCUUCUAAACUGGUAUUGGACAGCAUAGCACUAUUAUUUCUAUGUUGGACAGUCAACCAAGAUUUCAUUAGACCCAUCUGGCACAGCGUGACCUGCUCUGUGGUGUAUAGGGGCCUUUGAGAAACCACCUGGAAGACCAUAUGUUGAAUACUUUGAGGUAGACUGUGCGUUCACGCUAACAAACUUGACCGUUUUGUCCAGCAGUGGGCAGUGCAAGCAUCCAAUAGCAUCUAUAUAGUGAUAUGAAGCUACAAAGAUUGCCAUUUUUAUUUUUAUUUUUUUUAUUAUUUGUUUUUGCCCGAUCAUUUUGUAAGUGUUCUCUAAACUUUUUUUUUUAUAUAUAACAUGUCUUUCAAAUAAAACUAGAGAACAGUGAAGGUUUGAAUGGCUGCGAUGUUUUUGUUAGAGAAGGCUACUGUGUGGAGCGGAGUCACUGUAACUGGGAACAAUGGGAGAGCUCCAGAUGAAUGGGACUCUGGUCGCUCAUUGGCCGCCAUGCUACCAGUGUGAACGCAUGAGAACAAUCCAGCUCCGCCACCACCACCACCACCACCUCCAGGGCUCGUCUUUCUGUUCCUAUUAAUACGGCCGGGGGUUUAGUGUACAGCAGGAAAAAAAAAAGAAACCCUCCUGUUGCUGUUGUCUUGAUCUGUUGCCUGUAGAAAAACAAACUGUCCUCUUAAUAUCUGUGGCUGCUCUCUAUGGCCUGUGUUCUUUUAUAAAUGUCUUUUGUAACGUG